CUAUGCGAUAUCAAUUGAAGUAAAGUUGAUGUAGUGUACUUACUGGCAAAACUUUUAAUUUUGAUAAGACGAUUUUAUAAAAGGACGCGUAAAAUAUUAAUCAGGUGAACAGAGACGAGUCGAAGAAUAUAUUCUCUCGGCGUUAAAACGUGUAUCUUAAGAUGGGUGUGCCGAAAUUCUUUAGAUACAUAAGCGAGAGGUACCCCUGUCUCAGCGAGGUCAUAAAGGAACAUCAGAUACCAGAAUUUGAUUAUUUAUAUUUAGAUAUGAAUGGUAUCAUACACACGUGUUCGCAUCCAAAUGAUGGCGAUGUUUGCUUUCGCAUUUCUGAGGAGACUAUUUUUAAGAAUAUAUUUCAUUACAUAGAAGUAUUGUUCAACAUGAUACACCCGCAAAAAUUGUUUUUUAUGGCGAUAGAUGGUGUAGCGCCUAGAGCAAAGAUCAAUCAACAAAGAGGCCGGCGAUUUAGAUCUGCCAAGGAAGUAGAAGUGCAAGAAGCUAAAGCUAAAGCAAAGGGUAUCUCGAUACCUCAGGAAAAAAGAUUUGACUCGAAUUGUAUAACCCCAGGAACACUUUUUAUGGCUAAACUUGGCGAGCAGCUUAAACGUUUUGUCGAAUAUAAAAUUUCCAUUGAUAAUGCUUGGAAGAAAUGUAAAGUACUAUUUAGUGGAUCCGAGGUCCCUGGAGAAGGAGAGCAUAAAAUUAUGGAUUAUAUAAGAUACAUGAAAGCGAGCGAAGAUUAUGAUAAAAAUUCCAGGCAUUGUUUAUAUGGUCUAGAUGCUGAUUUAAUAAUGUUAGGUCUCUGUUCUCACGAGCCAAACUUCUCCCUUUUACGAGAAGAAGUAAAGUUUGGUAAACAGCAAGUAAAGAUGACUCCUGAAGAGACAAAGUUCUGUCUUCUUCAUUUGUCACUUCUACGGGAAUAUAUAGAGCAUGAGUUUUCACCAAUCAGAGAUAAAUUGUCUUUUGCAUUCGACAUAGAGAAAAUAAUUGAUGACUGGGUUUUAAUGGGUUUUUUAGUAGGAAAUGACUUCAUUCCCCAUUUGCCAAAUCUACAUAUUGCUAAUGGUGCACUGCCAAUUCUGUACCGUGCAUACAUGGAGGUUUUACCAACGCUAGAUGGUUAUAUAAAUGAAGCGGGAACAUUAAAACUGGACCGUUUUGAAAAGUUUAUGGAGAAGCUUAGUCGUCUAGAUUUAGAGCAGUUUAAUGAACAUUACGCCGAUUUGAAAUUUUUUGAGAGUAAAACAGGUAGAAGGCCCAAUGAAACUGAACGACAUGUAUAUAAAAAAUCAGAAGACAGCGAGACCGCAUCUCCGAAAAAAAUACAAAAUAAGGAUCUAGAAGCUCUAAUUAAAAACACUACGGAGAUGACGUUGAGUAAUUUUGACGAAGAUUAUGAUGACUUUUUAAUGGAUAUGGAUUUAAUGGAUAUGGCAGAUGAUGAGUCUGAUAGUGAUAUAUAUAACAUGGAAUUUGUACAACAUAAAAAAUAUUAUUAUAUGAACAAAUUAGAAUACGACAAUGUUGAUGCGGAAGUUUUGCGUUCGCAAGCCGAGGGCUAUGUGCGAGCGAUACAAUGGAAUUUGCAUUAUUAUUAUCAUGGCUGUUGCAGCUGGUCAUGGUAUUAUCCGCAUCAUUACGCUCCGUACAUUUCAGAUAUAAAGGACUUCAAGGAUUUAAAGUUAGAAUUUGACUUGGGGGAACCAUUUUUACCUUUUCAACAAUUAUUAGCUGUAUUACCAGCGUACAGCAAGGAGCUGUUACCAGAGGCAUUUCAAUCGCUAUUGACAGAAGAAUCGUCCCCUAUUAUUGAUUACUAUCCACAUAAUUUUAAAACCGAUCUAAAUGGAAAGCGACAAGAAUGGGAAGCAGUUGUACUUAUUCCAUUCAUUGACGAGAGACUCUUGCUGGCUGCUAUGCAGCCGCACUUGACGAAAUUAACAACAGAGGAACAGGCAAGAAACAAACAUGGGCCGAUGUGUCUGUACUCGCAUGCUGACGAAAUUCGAAGCGUUCACAAGGAAACAGUAUACUUUCCAGAAUUCACCAGUCAUGCUCAAGUAACAUUAAUGAUCCGCGACGACGUUUUUGUGCCAAGAGAGAAAUUAGUUAGAGGGCUGUCUCCAGGCUUUGAUCUCAACGUUUAUUAUCCGGGAUUUCCUAUAUUGCGGCAUUUACAGCAUACAGCGCAUUUGGAAAAAGCGAAGGUAAAAGUAUUCCAGCAAGCAUCUUUGGGAGACAAUAUGAUUUUAACCAUAAUAUCAGAGAAGGCACCAAAUGCGACGACCUUAGCGUCGAAGCUGUUAGGAAAGAGUGUGUAUGUGGAUUGGCCUCACUUGAAGGAGGCUCUCGUGGUGGGCGUGGCCGAUUGUGAUGCGAAGUUCAGUUUAAUUAAUCCGUUAGGCAGCUACGCUCCUGAUAAUCUAAUCAAAGAGGAGAUGAAGGGCGUAGUAGCCGGGGAAUGUACUCUGCACAAAAAACUGAUCAAAGAAACACAUAUGUCACGUCUUGGAAUAGAUUUAGGCGAGACGAGUGUGUUGCUUUUCACGCGCUCAUUCCUAGGCAACAGGUAUAUUUUUGGUCCUCAGGGGAAAGUGACGAUUGAGAAACAGUGGAACGUAUUCACCACGAUUCAUGCUUAUCAGGCCAUAGUUAAAGAUAUUUCUGUCUACACCAAGAAAAUAACAGAAUAUGAAACUAUGCAUGACAUUUUCCUACCAGGAAUCUUUUGUUUCAUGCUCGGACAUCCCUAUUACGGUGCAAUGGGAGAGAUCAUAUCAAAUAAGGACAAUCCAAAGGCACGCGGAAUCACAAUUUCUAUAAAUCCUAUAAAGGAACCGACGUUCGAGGUCGUUAAACAAGCCUUUGCGCAUCAAAAGAUUCGAUAUAUGCACGGCAGUAUCGCCGCUCAACGUCUUGGAAUAAGUAGUCAUCUGUUAAGUAGAAUCACGGGAACUAUUUAUGUUAUACAAGCAUCGAAAGAAGAAGUCGCUAAAUAUAAUAUUGGAUUGAACCUAAAAUUCAAUAAGAAGAACGAAGAGAUGCCUGGUUACACUAGAAAAGACAACAGUCAAUGGCUGUACAGUACGAAAGCAGUCGAACUGAUCCGCAACUACAUGGUGAAGUAUCCUGACUUGUUUGAACGUUUGGCUCAAAAUGUAACGAACGACAUUUUUCAAGAAGAGGAACUAUUCAAACCGGGAUCGAAUGCGCUGAAGGAUAUAGUCGCUUGGCUGAAAGUAGAACUACAAGGUAUAGAAAGUCGCGCUUGCGGCAUGGAUGUCGUGGAAGCAGAAUUAGUGAAGACGAUCGAGCAAGAAGUAGAGAAAUAUUUGAAGACUCGGGAUACUAAAGGCAAAGCGGUAUUUCUACAAGUGCAGCCGGAUCUGCUUUUCAAGCCAGGAUUACAUCCGUUACGUAACGUGCCGCCCGACCCCAAUUCCCAAAACCGUUUGUUCGACAGAAUUUGCUGUGUCAAAAUCGGUUUCACCGUACCAAUUGGCGCGAAAGGCACUAUUAUAGGAGUACAAAAAGCGACCAAUCCACAGGACGUCAUGUAUGAUGUUUUAUUCGAUCAGCCUUUCAUGGGCGGACUCACGUUAAAUGGUUGCUCCGAGUUUCGCGGCUACCGUUUAACAGCCGCGGAUUUUAUAAACAUCAGCUUUGGCGAGAGAGUGGAGCAAGGAAAUGUGAUGAACGAAUCGACGGAUUACCGGAAACAAACGACCAAUCCCGCUUCUCCCAAUAAAAAGAACGAUCAGUCGAAAGUGUACCCGCAGAUGCAACUCGCUAAGAAAGGACUCGAAAAGCUCAGUCGAGAUAUUCGUUUGGGGUUGGCAGCCCAGCGCAAUGUGAAAGAAUCGGGUCCUAAGAUCAUUCUGCAAAACAAAGGGCUACCUCAGAGUCCCCAAAGCGCGCCAUCUAAUCAAGCGUCCGAGUUUCAAGCGCUGUGGGAUGAAUUGCACAAGAUACAGAAGCCGAGCGGACCACCGCAGAAGACGGUUCCAGCGUUCCCGAUGACGAAAGUCAAGCCGUUUAACAAUCACAACACGCCGCCGCAAGAUCCUAGCGCAAUUUUGAAAGCUCUGUUGAAAAUUCCCGAUGCAAAUGCGCAAACGAGUAAGCAGCAAGCUAAGCAAUUUGCGCCGCAGUCUGUGGCGACGCCUGAGAAAGCGACAAUUUCGCAGAAAGAUCAAAAGAUGGAUCCUCCAUCUUUAGUACAACAGUUGUUCGAUCGUGCUCGACAAACAGAAGAAAAGAAGGAACAAGCAAAUCCAGUCUGGUACAGCACACAGUUAUUGAAACAUUUCUCUUACAACGGAGCUGGCAUACCAAAGUACAAUUAUAGCGUCGAUGAGAAAACGGGUUUAAUUAUCGCCCAUAUUAUGCUGGAAAAUUCUACAGUGUUUAAAAGCGCUCCUUGCGCCACUCGUGAGCAAGCCACAGAAAGUGCAGCAAAGAAGGCGUAUAAGGCCUUAAAUUUGGAUAAAGUGCCCGAUGCAAAAAUGAUGAUGCCACCUCGACAACAAUGGUACAACAAUCAACAAAAUAACUGGGUCCAAAAUAUCCGACCUCCCAUGGGCCCUUCGAUACCGAUGGGUCCUUCAAAAAUGCCGCCUUUACCCUCGCAACUGUCCGUGCUGAAUUACACAUUUUAUCCAAAAUGGCAAAAACCACCACAUCAAAUAUUCGCGCCAACCGCAUCGUACAGCCAAAACAGGCACCAACAAAGACAACAGCAGGGACAACAGAGGGGUUCGCAGAACGAACCGAAGAUGGGAACAAAACACGCCAACCCAUUCGUUCCGUUACAGGCGCAAAAGAAGAGUAGAAACGCCAAUGUAAAGCAAACUCCGAAGGAAACGAGUUCUAGUACUAAAAAGAACUCUAGCCCUAAAGUGCAGCAACAACAGCAGAGAAAGGAAGAAACCUCGCCUAAGAAGGAGAAACAGGAGGUUGUAAAUAAGAUCAAAGAGAAGGCGUCGAGUGAACCGCAACGACAGCAACCGUCGCAACAGCCGCAACGACAGCAACCGUCGCAACAGCCGCAACAAACAGCGGGCAAAUCGUCCAAGCCCAGGAAGUCGCGCGUCGCCGCAAAAUUCGGCGCACCAUCCCUGUCGAACGGCGAACUCCCGCAGUAAAAACUCAACUUUGCGUUCGGUGAAGAUCUCUGCAAAUUGUGUGUAAAUAUAAAAACAAUUAUAUCGAUCCAUCGCCACCGCUCGUUUUUUACAUUUUAUAACAAAAACGUGAAGCUUUCUUUGAACAUGUCCGACGGGCCAGUAUCUCAUCUUAUUUCGGAAACUUUAGUAUCGUGCAUUUUCGUAUUUACAAAGAAACGGGUGCAAGUGGUCUUCCCCCUCCGAUUUUGAACACUUGCGCCAGUUUCCAUUGUUAGAUACGAUCGCAUGCCUGUGCACCAAGUAACAAUACGUAGAUCCUUUCAAAUAAUGUACAUAUACGCACUGAACUUGUAUACGUUAACGUACAAUGUGUAAAAAUGAUGUAAGUGGAAAUUAGUUGACUUAGCAUUCUGUAUUUUGUCGACGAGUAUCGGCGUGUCAACGAGACUAAUCUUUACUAUCUGAUUAUUUCCUUAGGACGAUUUAUUUAUAAUAAAACUCAGAAAUUAUUUAUUCAGAUAUUUUUUUGAAUAACGAUCUUGAUUACAAUUCGGUGACGUAUGCGCGAGAAGUUGAAGUAAAAAUAAAAUUUAAAAAAAAAUAAAAAAAAACGAAAAUUGUCGCAGUGAUAUAUUUAUGUUUUGCUUUUUUAUUAUUAAUUUUACUGAAACACAUAUCAUGAGCACAACUUAUUUGUAAUGUUUAUUUUAUGUAAAGAACAAUAGAUUUAUUUUAUCUAAUAAUGAAAUGCGAUUUAUGUAUAGAGAAAAGAAAGCGAAAUAUUGAUUUUUACUGUAAUCCGCGAUGUGCACAUAUACGCGUCUUAAUACAAAAUAUUACGUACAUAACAAUAUGCGUUAAGACUUUGAGAAAGUGAUAUUGAUUAAGUAUAUAAGUAGAAGCAUGUAUCUUUAAUGAUCUUUUCUGCGCUUUUUUUCUGUACAACAAACAACAAACAAAUCAAAAUUAAAUGGCAUAAUCACCAA